AUGGGCUUGAAAGCUACAACACUCGUUCAAGGAUCUUGUUUGGUGCCUCAAAAGAGAAGGUGGAUGAUGCCGGGUUGUUAUUACAUUGGUGAUCGCAUAUUAGCAAUGUCCUUUCCCAUGGAGCGAAAGAAAACCGUAAAUCAGGUCAAGGAGGCUUUGGAACAUAGACAUCAUGGACACUAUAAGGUGUACAACUUAUGUGUCGAGCAAGAUUAUGAUCCAUCCCCUUUUAGCGGUCUUGUGGAAAGAUUCUCAUUCGAUGAUAUUCACGUCCCAUCGCUCCCAAUGAUCAAGGAAUUCUGUGAAAGUGUUGAUUCAUGGCUUUCAAGCAACCAAAAAAAUAUUGUAGUUGUUCACUGCAUGGCAGGUAAAUAUCAAACUGGUUUGAUGCUAUCUUCUUAUUUGGUCUACAAUGGCAUGUUAGCAGAUGAAGCUCUUCAGAUUUAUGUAGAUAAAACGACCAAAAGUAAUAUUGGAGUGACAAUACCAAGCCAACGGCGUUACAUUAACUACUGGCAGAAAUCUCUUUCUUUCACUGGCGGCUGUCCACCGAAGGUCAAUCUUCCGAAACCAUGUACGAGAGAAAUCCAGCGGAUCCGACUUUAUGACACCAAAAACAUAGAAACGGUCUUCUUUGUUGUGUCGGAAAUGCAAGAGGUUACUGGACAGAGGUAUCAUCCAUCGGAAGAAACUUGCAGGGAUUUUUGCAAAGAAAGUAAGAAUGGUGUUUUUGAGAACAAUCAUCGACACUCUUACCCGUUCAUUGAGGAAGAAGAAGAUGGACAUAACCUCCUCGACUGCUACUUUAUCAAAACAGUACAGGUGACUGGAGAUGUGUGUGUGACGUUUUUCGAGAAAAGCUUUGGAGGUCGUCUCUUCUAUGCUUGCUUCAAUACUGCUUUCAUCGAACACGACUCCAUACAGUUUUCGAUGUCGGAAUUAGAUAAAGUUGAAAAUAAAGGCAAAUCGGUAGCAGGUCCGGAAUUCUAUGUGGAGUUGCUGUUUGCUCCAGAGAAAACUAACGAAGAUGUGGCCGUUUAA